UUUGGCUCAGGAGUCCCCCAGUCGGUGUUAGUGUCGAUACUCAUGGGGGCAAGAGGUCUCGAACUGAGAAUGUAUCGCGCUCUAGAUUGACAAGUGGGGACUCGCGGGGUUCGUGUGAUAAAGUUGCUAGGGGUCUCGUGCGCACCCUGGGCGAGAUUGGAGUCACUGAUGGUGCCAUCCUUCAUAUGGUCGCCAAUCUGCCGAAUUGUCAUCGCAACCGCAGUUGUGCAAAUGCUGAAGAUUCACGCCUAGGGUAUCGGGAGGCUCAGGAGAGGCUGAUGAGGGCUGUGAACAUGAAUUAUCAUGCCUUUGCCGAGUUGGUAGCCCAUUUUUAUUGGGAGAUAGCCCGACUGCAGGGGGAGUUGGAUGCCAAUAGGGAGCGGGCAAGCGAGCUGCAGAGUGCAUUGGACCAAGGCCACGUGGAAUGCGAGGAUAUAAGGCGAGCAGUUGAUGAGGGGAUUGCGAGAAGGAUGGAGUUGGAGCGAUCACUUGCAGUGGAGGAGGCUCGUCGUCAAGAGGCAAAGGAUGUUAUUGCCCCGCUGGGGGAGUCCAACUUGGAUCUGACUAGGAAGCUACAGCGGGCGGAGGAUGGCCUGAAGGCUUUGGAUCAGGUUAGGGCCUGGGUUGGCGAGGGUGAAGAAUGCCUGCAAGAGUUGGAGAGGCAAGUCCGGGAACGUGAUGCAGAGUUAGAGCUUCCCAGUGCUUCUCUGGAGAGUUUAGCUCAUUUUUCCCGAUCCCGUGGUGGAGUUGGAAGGACAGGUCAAUACCCUGCAAGGAGACGUUGACCGCUUGCGAGUCGUUGAGCUCCAGGCAGAGAGAGGGAGGCUGAAGUGGAGCGAUUGAGGAAAGAGUUAGCUGAGUAACAGGCUCGGGCUAUUAACUUUGCCAAGGAAGUUCUCAUUUUGACAAGCUCCACAAGGCCAAGCUAGAUGGAGCGGACAAGGCGGUGGAUCUCUAUUUUCAGUCAGCCCACUUUCAAGAAAAUAUGAACAAGGCCUUCUCGGAUGGGGCCCUGCACUCGAUCCGAGAUGGUAUCGAUGCUGGUUGGAUUGAUCAGGAGAAGAUGGUGCGGGAUAUGCAGGCCAAGAAGGCAGUGAGAUUGUAGGCCAGUGCCGCGAGUGGUGGUCGAGGUGCUGGGGUUGUGAUCCGGGAGCAAGCUACUGUAUCGGAGCAUGUCUCGGGCCAAGCCAGCGAUCGCGAGACAGAGGACUCUACUGGCGAGCGAGGGGAGGUGCGAGUGGAUGCAGAGGGCGAAUUGAAGUUUUGAUUAGUUAGGGUUUAGCUUCUGUUUCCACCAACUUGUUGAUCUUGUCUCUAUGUUUUUAAAGCCUCAAUCUUUAAGCUUGCAUGUUGCAGAUCUUGAAUUUUUAACUUUGAUGGAAUUUUGUUUAUGCGUUUUUGAGAAACCUGGGUGUUGUAUGAUUUGGGAUUAGGGUAAAUUGAAGUUUUGAUUUACUUGAUUUUGGAGGAGAAAGCAGCAUGGGUCGGAUUGUAAUGUUUACUUCUAUUUUCUUUUUAAGUAUUGUUUUUCCAAACCAGUCAUUGUUUCUGGACCACUCGUGUUGCUAGUUUGGUCUUUUGAGAGAACUCUAUUUGGUCUUAGGUUGCAGGUCAUUAAGUUUAGUGUUGUGUUUGUAUGUUGCUCAUCCUUAUUAAUGGGUACAAAGGUGAACUAUUAGUUCAUUUGAUUAAUUGGAUUGGUCUGCUAGUGCAAAGAAUGCUUUUGUAGCUUGGGUGAAUAUCACCCUCCCAUGUUGAUCAUGCCAUUUAAGUUAUAUGGUUAAACAUAAUUAGAGAUGAUAUUUUUCUUUAAUUUUACUUCUUUUUCUUAUAGUUGGAGUUUUGUUAGAAAUGACUAAAGAGGGGAGGGCAAGGAAGACUGUAAUUUGAAAUUCAGUUCUCUAGAAACCUCAUUCAAGGGUUCCUGAAGGUUGUGUUUUGGAGGAACACUAACUUAGUUCCUGCUCUGUUAUUUCUUAUCCCUUUCCUAUUUCAUUCUUUUCAAGGCUACUAAAGCUAAAUUGGGAGAGGGUUAUGUCUCUAUUCAUGGCCUAUAUUUGACUCAGUAGUGGUACUAAGUGUUUGAAUGGCACCAUGGCUUGGCAUUUCAAACACUGGAGCUGGAAAUUUUGGGAUUCACUUACAAUACUUGCAUAUUUUGUGAAACUCUUCGUCUGCUACACUAUAACUACCAAAAUGAAUGAAAUUCAAGUUUUGCAGGGGACUGCAUUCUAGAUGGUCCGGACCAUGAGGUUUGCCUUUACACUUAUAAUUCUUAAUCCAUUUAAACAGUACAGUCCACCUGAUA